UUUUCUCUCUCAACUAACCCUGCUUCUCCUUCUUCUUCCUCUUUUAUAUCAAUGUCAAUCCUCAAUCCAAACCCAUCUUCACAAUUUUCACCUCAACCUCAGCACAGUGCACCACAACUACCAACAACAACAACAGCAACAGCAAAAUACCCUGCAAAAACUGACAACAUUGGUCCGCAAAGUUGAGACCUUUAAUGGGGAUUGAGAGGACCUUGGCAGAUAUAAAAGGGAGAAGCUUCUGUGAAUUGCCGAGAGAAACCAUUACUAGCAGCGGCUCUAAGCGGAACCGGCGGCGUCAGAAGAAGAUGCCGCCGGUUCAGAAGCUAUUUGACACUUGCAAGGAGGUUUUUGCUUCUGGGGGAACAGGGUUUAUCCCUCCCCCUCAGGACAUUCAGAGACUUCAAGCUGUUUUAGAUGCAAUAAGACCAGAAGAUGUCGGCUUGAAACCUGAUAUGCCGCAUUUCCGGUCAAGCUCCGCUCAAAGAAUUCCAAAAAUUACAUACCUACACAUCUAUGAGUGCGAAAAGUUCUCGAUGGGAAUAUUUUGCUUGCCACCUUCUGGGGUUAUUCCCCUUCAUAAUCACCCUGGAAUGACGGUUUUUAGUAAGCUUCUUUUUGGAACUAUGCACAUCAAAUCAUAUGAUUGGGUCGUUGACUUGCCUCCUGAAUCUCCUACCAUUGUCAAACCCACAGAAAAUCAGGCUCUUGAGAUGCGGUUAGCAAAAGUUAAGGUUGAUGCUGAUUUCACGGCUCCUUGCAACCCCUCUAUCCUGUACCCUGAGGAUGGGGGAAACAUGCACUGUUUCACAGCAGUGACAGCGUGCGCGGUUCUCGACGUUCUUGGUCCUCCAUAUUCGGAUUAUGAAGGCAGACACUGCACAUACUACAAUAAUUACCCCUUUUCCGACAUUUCAGUAGAAGGAAUAUCCAUACCAGAAGAGGAAAGGAAUGGUUAUGAAUGGCUACAAGAGAAGGAGCAACUUGAAGAUUUAGAAGUUGAUGGAAAAAUGUACAGCGGCCCAAAGAUUCAUGAGAGCUAAUCAUUUUCUGUCACCCCAAUACACAAUCUUCCUGUUCUUGUGACCACAUGUUGCUUUCAGAUAUUCCUACAGAUCCAUUUUCUUUUGGUUUUUGCAGUCAAUGUUGCGGAUUCGAUGCCGCCUUUUUCGGUUCAGUAGAGAACAAUACAUCUGUGUUCUUGUACUUUUUUUCUUCUUCUUUUGUUUAUGGAACAUUAGGCACUUGACACUUGGUGCUGUUUUCAGUCUAUAGUUCUUGUGUACAUACCAAGAAACAGAAAAGGGCAAAGGAGAUAAUGCUGCACAGGAAAAUGAAGGGGCAAUGAAAUGAACUAGUCGUCUGAAAUUGAGCCUCAUUUUUAGCAUGUUUAGAUCAGUUUCACUUUCAUCAGAAUCAAUUGUGGUGUCCAGAAGCUACUUAUAGAAUUUUUUCCCCAAAUUGAUUUUGACUUCAGAGUCAAUCUAGAAAGAUUUACAAACAUCUACUAUCUUAGGCUGGCGGGUUUUACAUUUAAUUUUCUUUCAGAUGAUUCAGAGCUACUACACAACUGAAGAAUUUAGUGAAUUGGUGUAACAUACUUCAGCUUAUACUGUGAUUGGAAAUAGAGAUUGUGUUGAGUGCUAAUGAUUCCUAGCAAGGCUUCAUGAUUUUUUUCACCCA